AUGGGAGAAUACUUCUAUCUCGCCAAUCUCACUGACCGGGUCCAUACGGGAAGCCAGGGAAAGCUGGGAGAGAUCAUAUACGACAUCGGCUGGCACCUCAUCACUCUCCUACGUGGUUGGAAUAAUCCUUUCCCAGACUUCGCUAUCCCGCUUAGAUUCAUCGAGGAAGCGCGUGUCGAGGCCGGGAUUACGCUUGAAGAUUACUCGCAGGACAGCGCCUUUUUGAGCCUGCCUGACGAGAUAAAAUGGGAGAUAAUGUCUCACGUCAAUCCUUAUUACCAAGACUUCCUUUCGGUGGCGAUGACGUGCAUGUCGAUGCUGCGAUUGUUGACUCCUGUGACGACACAGGUCAGGUGCAACAUGCGCAAGGCUAUGGAAGCCAAAUGUCCUCUCGAGCGGGAGUGGAGUGGCAAGCGCAUCGUCCUUGUGGGCGAUUACACCAAACCGGGAAAAGACUGGGCGUACUCCAAGCAGCUCGUCAGGACGCAGAUACACGAAGCAGCUAUUCGCCGAGGACGUACCGAUUUAGAAGAUGAUAUCGCCUCGGCCAUGUCGUCGCUUUUGAAGAUCGGAUGCCCGAUUAAGGACUUAGAGUGGGAUGAAAGUGAGGAGCAAGGGGGAGAGGAAAGCGACGAGGAAGACGAGAAGGGAAGUGACGAAGCAAACCCUGAAGCGGCCCGUGGUGAGCUAGAGGAACGUGAUCCUCCCGAGCCCGAGCUCCGAGAUCAGGAGCAGCCAAGUCGCAUCAAUGGCAAAGGCAACGGAUUCGACUCGGUCAGGAAAAAGCGCACGGACACGCUAGCCGGUGAAACGGGAUCCCAAUCCCACCUAUACGUAACUUGCGGACCAAGACACGCAUCCCGCGAGCGAGAAUUGAGAGACCUGCUGAAUAUGAGUUAUCUCGAUAUCAAUCAGCGUAUGCUGGUCCAACUCCCUAUCCGGAUGGAAUACAAUGAACUUGCGCAAAAGAUCAAGCGUCGAAGCACUGACAGCCAGAGCAGGGACUUGAGGGAGGUCAUUCGGCGGAUGAAGGAGGACAAUAGGUUUGAGCGAUGUGAGCAGGAGAUGCGUGAUUGCGAAAAGGUUUCGCAACGACUUUCGAUGGGUCGAGCUUAGCUGCGCCUUCAGACCCUUCCGCAUCAUCAACCUGGAUACCCGAGAACACUUGGACCCGUCCGUCAUUGCAGAACAUCAAAGGCCGGUACUUUCGCCUUCUAGCGAUGACUACCAAAUCGAUGCGGGCUUCGUUCUCGCAUGUAAUGUGACUUAUCACACGCGGGUAGGAAGCAUUGGACUUUCGUACGACGGACCUGGCCUUGCCGAAGGACGAUGGGCAGGUCACCGUUUACGCUAUGCAACUAUCGACGGACGAUCCUCAGACUUUCCGACUACAGACAUCUCCCUAGAAAUGCUCGCACUGGCCGAAGAGAUUGCGAUCAGCGAUGGUUGGAAGCUAGGAGACGUGGUGAUCAACCAGGACAACGACGAUCAAGCUACCGAGGACAAGAAAAGCCACGACUAGUACA